CACUGACUGUGUUGGACGCAAAAUUCCCUAUCAAGCACGUGAGCGAUCACGAGGUGUCGCGUUGCGCCCACUCAACGCGACGCGUUAACAAACGAGUCUGGAUUUUGACGCUAGUUUGACCUCUGCACCUCACAUUAACAAGUAGUGGCUUGAUAAGAACAACAACAUUCAACUUCAGAGCCAUUCGGUUUUUGUCAAAUCUCUUCUUGAUACUUUGCAAUUGAGAGCUAUAGCGCCCGUGUGUCUCAACUUUAACGCGAACUCACAAGUCUAUCAUCUUGACCCAUGGCUCCCCGCCAGUCCGCGCGGAGGAAAGCGGCACCCGCAGUCACAGAAGCCAAAGUCGAGAUCAAGGAAGAAGUCGAACAAGAGACCAAGGUUGUUGUCGCACAGACUAACGGACGUACAUCGCGCGUAACCACUGCAAAUGUGAUCAAAAAAGAGACCAAAGUACAAGUGAAGCGGAAAGUAAUCGAGGACGACGAGGACGAAGCCGAGCUUUCGGACCACUGCAAGAAGGAAAAGGCCAAGGAAGAGGAGGAGAAGGUCAAGCUUCAAGACAUACCUCAGACAAAGCCCGCUCCAAAGCGACAAAAGACUACCAAGGGAAAAAACGAAGAUACAAUGCCUUUGGCGGAGCGAACCGUGGUGUCGACGCUGAAGAGGGCAAUGUACAUUGGUGCCCACGUCAGCGCUGCAGGAGGCGUUCAAAACUCCGUCGAUAACGCAGUUCAAAUAGGCGCCAAUGCCUUUGCCCUCUUCCUCAAAUCCCAGCGCAAAUGGGUAAACCCACCACUAGUGCCCGAGGCGCGGGAUCAGUUCCAUUCCGCAUGUACCAAGAACUCUUACGACGCCGCCAAGCACUGCUUACCCCACGGCUCAUAUCUUGUGAACCUAGUACAGCCAGAGAAGGAAAAGGCGGAUCAGGCGUACGGCAACUUUGUCGACGACCUCAAACGGUGCGAUGAGCUGGGCAUAAGGCUGUACAACUUCCACCCAGGCUCGGCGCUAAAGGACACCAAGGAGGCUGCGAUCGGGCGCAUCGCUGCGCAGCUGAACAGAUCGCACAAGGAAACCAAGAACGUCAUUACGGUGGUGGAGAACAUGGCCGGGACCGGCAACAUAGUGGGUUCUACGUUUGAGGACCUGCGGGACAUUAUCGAACUGGUGGAGGACAAGUCUCGCGUCGGCGUUUGCAUAGACACAUGCCAUGCUUUUGCCGCUGGUUACGACCUGCGCACCCCUGAGGCGUUCAAGGAGACCUUUGACGAGUUUGAUCGCAUCGUCGGCAACAAAUAUUUGAAGGCGUUCCACCUCAACGACAGCAAGGCGCCGCUCGGGUCCAACAGGGACCUUCACGCAAACAUCGGUACGGGGUUUUUGGGACUGCGGGCCUUCCACUCGGUGGUAAAUCACGCUGCCUUCCAGGACCUGCCCAUGGUGCUCGAGACGCCUAUCGACAAGAAAGACGCCAACGGGAAGACUAUCGAGGACAAGCAGAUCUGGGCGGACGAGAUCAAAUUGCUCGAGAGCCUGAUCGAGAUGGAUGCUGAGAGCGAUGAGUUCCAGAAGCUGGCCGAGAAGUUGCAGAAAACCGGUGCCGCUGAGAGGAAGAGAGUGCAGGAGCAGGUUGACAAGAAGGCCGUUAAGGACGCGAAAAAGGCGGCGCCCAAGGUAAAGGCUGCGAAGAAGGGAAGGAAGAAAAAGGCUGAAACGGAUGAUGAGGAUAGCGAUUAAUGAUUCUGACAUUCAAGGAGCAUGUAUGUGAUAUUACGAACCAAGCUGUACUAAUAACGAUUUUUUACAGGGCGGGAUUGUAUUUCUUGCAGCGGUAUUCGACGUAGAACUCAAAAUAUUCGUUAUUUGAUACACA